AUGCUUUCUCGAUUGCACUCGCAUCCUUUUCCAGCAUUUCUUUGCAGCCACCGCUUACACAGCACAGGAGCCGUAGGUGGGUUCAACCCACCCUUCGACAGCAAUGGGAAAAAAACUGAAAUGAUAUUGGAAGUGGAAAAAAACUAUGAUGGACCAGUUCGUUUUGGACAUGGUAUUGAUAAUAGACCAGGUUUGUACGGCACGAAACCUGCUCGCGCCUAUUUCGAAAAAUAUCCUAACCGGUGUGAUGAAUUGUCCACUGAGCAAGCUGAAUCUUCAAAUGUCCUGAAAGAUCGAUCUGAUAAUAUAAAAGUUUCCGAGUUUGAGACCUCAUUGGGAAAUUUUGAGAAUGCACCUUAUUUUUCGGGAGGUCCUGGGGCUAUGAGGUACAAUAAAUACAAGCGUGAAUCAGGAAAUAAGGAGUCAGUAGAUAGCAACGACAUCGUAUUCAUGCCACCUUUUCAUGAACACCAUCCACAUUUUAACUACGCGUCCAUAACUGGAAAGCCAGAAGGUAAUUCUAUGCUGCAGGCUAAUACUAUCUUAAAUUGGGAAUUAAAAGCUGCUGUAAAAUCAUUAUAUCGAUCAAUUUUGAAGGCGAUACCGAUCGUGAAGCAUUACUACUGGUUACUUAUCCCUCUUCCACAAAUGAAAGGAAAGAUACGUGAGCGUUUUUUACAGAAUCAACAUGCACGUGAUCCUGAUGCUAUUCGUCAUCUUAUUCACAACGGGUGGCUAGAGUUUCAAGAAUGUGUCAUGUUUCGCCGCACUCGUGCUACUGUUGAAAAAUUUUUCGAGUACGAAAGCAUGGAUGAGCUUAUGAAACAAUACGCGAAAGAGGAGAGUCAAAUGAAUAACGAAAGGGAUUUUUGGAAUGGUGAGGAACAAAGACGUGAGGGUCCUUAUAAUGGUCAUUGGUCUUGGCUUGGGCAGGAAUGCGAGAAGGAGUUUAAAAAAAUUGCUGAUCGUAUUCCUAUUUCAUGGACCACUUCAAAAGGGUAUUUUGAAAAAGGGCAGGCAGAUGGGACCAAUUAUUGGGAGAAAAAUUUAGAUUAUGAGGGUUGGUACAUAAAAAAUGUGGAUCCUGAUCGCGAAAAUGCCCGACGAGAAUUUCAGGGAUGGGUAGAAAGUGGAUAUAACCAGCCGAAACAUUAUGCUAGUAAAAAUAGACGGGGCUAUCGCCGUUUGGUUAAGGAUAUUGAGAUUAUUAUGGAAACAUCUAUGGAGGACUUGUACACUCACAAUCGUGAGAAUCUUUUUCAAUAUCUAAUUCGUGAGACACACCCAGAAUCUAAUCGCAUUAACGCAGAGAGAAUCCUAGCCCAACAAGAUGACGAUUUUUAUUCUACUCGUUUUGAAGAAUAUGAAAUAUAUAUGAAGCAAGCAAUGCGUGAAAUGCCAAACCCUCGUCUAUGGAAGACUGAUGCGUUUUAUUUCCGACUUCGAUAUCUACUUGCACCACUAGAGUAUAAUUGGGCAAGGGUACCAAUUGGAAUACCUCAGGAAAAAGCAUUUAACGAGUGGAUUUCAGACACUGUGAACUACGCAAUUUAUACUAGUGACAUUUUCGAGAAAGUAAAAUUGGAUAAAUCUAAGAAUCCAAUGGCAAAAACAUGGGCAGAUUUUUACAGUGAAUUUGAUCCUGACGUCCCUGAAACACGCAAUCUUCCAUGGUAUCAUAAAGACUUCAAUUAUGAUCGUCGCCACAAGUGGGACGAACGCUGUAUGCGAAUGAAGCGUUGGGUUCAGAGUGGUACCAUCGAUGGAAAAAAUUCAUUUUUUAAUAGUAUAAUUCUUGAGUGGGAGCAGUACGUGAAUCGACCAGAGCGUUUUCGGGCCGCUGAUAGUGCUGAGCGACGUUAUUCUUCUCCAAGAAUGGUUCAACUUUAUCGAUCUCUUAACCGACUUAUGGAUGUUGCCCUUGCCAAUCAAUUGAGAUAUGAGUUAGUUAAGUCAAAUCCGGACUUGAAUUCAAAGAAUUUUGUUGAGGAUAUACAGAGACUUCUUGCUAAUAUAGAUCUUACUAGUUUUCUUUUCGAUGUACCUGUUCUUAUUUACCCAGACGGUGUAGAUCAGCCUACAUUGGGUUUUGAUGGAAAAGUGUUAUUAGCAUCAGUUUGA